CGCUAUAUCAACCAUGUAAAAACGAAGAAUACGAAAAGAAAAAUAAAGAGAAAAGAUAGAAAAAAAUCAGUUGUUGGAAAAAUGGCUGACGGGUGUUAAAAUAUUUUACAUCAAGUGUUUAAUUAAUGUUUAUUUUAAAUAUAGAUUAAUUAAAGUUGUCGCAUGCAAGUUAAACAAAUGCAACAAUAAGUGGUCUAACUAAAAACAUUCAAGAUUUUCAUAAAUUUUUCAUGUGAAAAGGUAAAAAUGUGUGUCUGGUCGGGCAAAACUAAAAUUUUACUCCUCCGCUGUGCAGACAGAGAAAACGAAAGAAAAAAGUGUAAUUGAAAAAAAAAUCAUAGUAGACAUAUUCUAUGUACAAAAAAAAUCAUAAGUGAAAAUGAUGUGGAAAUUAAUGAUGUAAAAUAUAUUUUAGUUAAAAAAUAUUCAAAAUAACUCAGAUAAUUUGCAGUUGUAAAAGUAUUUUAAAUUUUAUAUAGAAAAUAUAUGUGUUUGUAUGUAUGUGGUAUACAGCCGGUAAUUAUACAUUUGUCUUAAACAUUUGAUGCUGUUGUAAUGUUGCUGAAUGAUUUUAAGAGUUUUCACGUUUAUUGUAUAACUUGAACUUAAAGGGAAAAAUAGGGAGUUUAUUGAAAAUAAUUAUUUCACGUACGAACAAUUCAUUCCCAUUAACCAGAGUAUAUUUCAUUUAAUAAUACACCAUGAUGAAUAACCAAUUCAAUACCGCAAACAUAAGCACUCAACAUGGGAUACAAAUGGCACAGCAUGUAUCCACCUCACCGCCUCAAGCAUCAGCAGCAGUUCUAAAUACAUUCCUCAAUGCACAGCAACAACAACAGCAGCAACAAUUGGCUGCUGCAGUUGCCGCUGGGGCUAUAUAUGGUGAUCCGAGACAACUACAAUUAAACUCAAAUACUCUUGAUAAGAACUAUUAUACAACAACUGCAGCCACAUUAGGAACUUUGGGAACACCACAACGUUUCUAUACAACUGCUGGACCAGCAACAGCUACAGAAGCUACAAAUCCGCAACAAAUCACCGCCACUGCCGGACAUCAUCCAAAUACAAUUUUAAUAACAAACAAUUUUGCCCAUCAACAAGCUGGACAGUCAUUGAGCCCUGAUCAUCACCGAAAUAUAAGAAUUGUCACAUCAUCCUCGAACCCCUUGAAUACAACAAAUACUGCAAGUAUGGCAACCACGGCAAGUGGUUUUCAACAUGCUCAACAUGUUUUCAAUUUGAACAACAACAAACAAUUGCAUUUGUUCCCGCAACAUUUAUUGCAUCAAUCAAAUUUCCAACCAGCAACAACAACAGAACUGCUGCAACAACAUUUUGCUCCUCAACAUUUCACAGCUUCGCAACAACAGCAGCAGCAACAAAAUCAUUCAGCUGCAUCUGCCAUACAAAUCCCACAAUUCUAUGUGUCACCGGAAAACUCAAUAACUGGACCACUCAACUCAAAUCCCAAAUUAAUAACAACAAUACCCUCGAAUAGUGCGGCAACAGCUGGUGGCAAUACAACGACUGCAUCACUAGUGGGCAAUGGCUCCAAUCCAAACAGUUCCACCGUAGUAUUGGAUCGCAUAAAUAUAUGCAUUAAUAAUCUAUACACCGACACUUCGUCAUCUUCGUCGGCCUCAAAUUCAUUGGCUUCCACACCAGCCCAGCAGCCGUCGCCAAUAAUACCAGCCAUUCAGCACAAGCCCAUUAUUGAAAGCGGUCCGGCUUUGCCAAUGGCCGAUAUGUAUGAAUCAGAUGUUUUGGUCAUAGACGAACCAGAUUCCACAACAACUGCGACUACGCCUCACACACCACCCACAACACCUGAAAAUACACCUCCCUCUAUGCCAAAUAUUGGAAACAACAAUAAUAAUAAUAAUAUUAUCUCAACGACCAGUUCUAUUAAUAGCCCCAGUACGUCGUGUAAUUAUCAAAAAUUGGAAAAAUCGAAUGCCAUAACAACAACAAAACAAAGUUUUGCUUCCGCCGCACAAAAUAUUGAAAAGGCAGCACAAGAUUCCUCAGAUUGUAUACAAAUUCUAAGCAGAAUAACGACAGCAACCACGACCGACACAAAUACAAUUUCACAAUCAAAAAAUUUUGCACAACAAACUGCUCGCAAUAUUACCACAACCUCCAAUACACCACUAACUCCACCAACACCACCCUCACCUGAAAUGACCAACAAUAACAAGGAAUAUUUGAACGAAUCUGAUGAAACGCCAACUGCUGCUGUUGUUCCCGCACCGUUAUUUGCAAAUGGCGAAGAUGUUUUCAUUAAGCGCCACGAUGAUCGCUUCUACCUGGGCACAGUUAUUGAUACCGCACGCAAUCAAUUUCUGGUGCGCUUUGACGAUAAAACUGAAGUGUGGUGUGAUGCAGACGAGAUGCGCAAAUUGGGAGGUUCUUCUGCCAACAAUACAACAUCAGCCGAUGAAAAGUCUGUUGACCAGCCAAUGUGUGUCGCCUGCAAACGUUCUCGGCCUGAAUCCAAAGUGGAGAUUUGCGAACGUUGUGGUCGAGGUUACCAUCGCAAAUGUACGACCGAAACAUCGCCGGGUAGUGAUGAUUGGCUGUGUAAACGUUGUGCAAAACCCAUGAAAUUAGAUGAUUUAUCGAAAUUCAGUUCUACCGAAGAAGAAACAGAAGUUGAAACUUGCCUCGAAUUGCAUUACGAUAUUGAAUCUCUAACAUGGGACGAUAAACAUCGGUCGAAUGAGGAGCAAAUCUAUUGCUAUUGUGGCAAAUCUGGUAAAUUCGACCAUAACAUGUUGCAGUGUUGGCGUUGUUUGAACUGGUAUCAUAACCAUUGCACGCAAAAGUGUACAAGUAAUCUACUGAGAGGAGAUAGUUUUUUCGUAUUCUGCUGUUCAGUCUGCAAUGAUGGCGAGGAAUAUCUAAGACGACUUCAAACCAGUUGGAUAGAUUUGGUUCAUUUGGUUUUAUACAAUUUAUCAUGUUUGAAAAAGCAUCAUAAAUGUCAUCAUCUACUCAAAGAUAUAAACCCCUACGUAUUAGAAAAAAGGAAAAUCUUACCCAUACCAAAAGAGUGGAUAUCGAUGCCGGAGAAGGAAUUUUUGGAUAAAGUUAAAUGUACUCUUAAUGAGAAUGUCGAGAUUUUUAUGUGCGGCAAAGAAAUUAAACGAGAUGCUAAUAGUUUUGCUUUGCGCUCACUGGAACCACCAGUGGUCAAGAAAAUUUCCAUUAAAUCACAGGAUACAUUUAAUGAUGAGUUUAUUUUUAAUAAUUUAAAACUACAACUUUUAAAUGGAGCUCCAGAAAAUUCCGGUUUCAAGUUCAUAACCUCGAAUUGUAUGAAUAUAGAGAGCACUCCCACAUCUAAACGCAAACUAAAUGAAGACUCUAGUUCACACGAUGUAUAUGAGUUCGAUGAUACAUCAGAGGAUGAAAUUCCCAUUAAGCGUAUAUUGGAUAAAGUAAAGAAAACUAAAUUGUCGCCACAAGUAGAAGCAACACGUGUCGUUGAACCCAAAACACCAAGUAGCUUACAGAAAACGUCAGCAGUAACCACUUUAGAAAUAAUGAAUGUGGAAGAUGACAAUGCCAAUGAUGCAUUACUAACAGCCUUGCCUGUACCGGAAACAUACGCUAUGUCUACUCCAAAAUGUAAAAAGGAACAAACACCCAAAAAAGAAACAAAAACUAUCAGUCCUCAUAAGUCUCCCUCAGGUAGUGUGACCAAGUGUAAGGAGCAAACUUCAUUGCAUUUAGGCGAAAAAUUAAAGUCGGAAAAGAGUUCACGCAAACGUAAAGCUUUCACAUUAUCCAAAAGUUAUGCAGGUUCUCGUUUAAUCGAUUCCUCAUCAGAUGAAAAUUCCAGCAGUAGUUCCAGAGGAACUUCAUUAGACUUGAUAAUACCACCACCGAAGAAUUUCUUGGGACAGAACAAUCCAUUUCGCAUUAUUUCACCCAAAAAGAAUGCUGCUGAUGUCAAUGCCUCGACAUCUAGUGGCAAGAAAUCCGUAAGCUUUGGUAUUUUCAAUACUACGGCGCUAAAUUUUAGUUCAAAAUUAGCUGCCCUUAAGAGCGCUGGUUUGUUUCCAAAAUUAAGUACAAGCAAUCUGGCCAAGGCUGCCGGUCAGCCGAGGACAGUUCGCACUAUAAAGCGAAGACUGAGUGCCAAAGAUAUUACAAUCGGCCCAAAUAAAGAAGUGCGCAGAAGACGUACUCGAAGACUCUCAUCAAACAUUGAAGUUAUAAGUACAACCACCAUUAAUCCCAUUCCUACAAACUUUUUCCCCAUACAAGCCAAAGAUUUAUUAGCAGCUGCAGCAGCUUCAACAACUACUGCCGCAUCUCUAUUCACCACCACACAAACUAAGACAUCGCCAACGACAUCUUCAUCUAAUAAUAACAAUAACAUUAGUACUGCGGUAUCCUCUUCUCCAAAUAUGGAUACAGCUAACGUGGAGAAUACGGCUGGUCCACCAGCAACAAAUUCGUUGCCUACUCACGGUCGCCGUUUGAGGCAAAGGCCCCAAAAGAACUCACCCAACACAAGUCGGCGCAGUUCCAUAUCCUCUAACCAAUCAUCAACAUCUUCAGCAACUGCUGCUGCAGCUGCUGCUUCCCAAACCUCCAACCCUCCUCCACAUCAAUAUAAUGAAGAUUUGAAGCAAACUGUUAAUAAAUACUUUGGUAUUGUCAAUCGCAUCGAAUCGGGAGAACAAUUCUCCAUACGUGCCAAGCGUCAACUAGCCAAUGGACAAAUGCAGUAUUUAAUAGAAUGGGGAGAAGCACAACCACCCACAGCCCCAAUCCAAAAUCUAACAACGGACACAAUUAAACUGAACCCAACUGCUGAUGAAACUACCAACAGCCAGCUAAUGGAAGUGUCUACCACAACUUAAGUUCAUGGCUUAACAUCAUGAUGAUACAGGUUUAAACAACGGUUGUGCAUAUUUUGAAUAUAUUUAUUUUAAAUUUUCUUUCAUUUUUGGCUUAAAUCAUGGGGUGAGUUGUUUUAGUUAAUCUUGUUUUAGAGUUAUUUUCCCACAGUAAGGCUGGCGUUUUUUAUUUAAAAUUUAAAUUUGUUACUUUAUAUUUGGACGUUUGGCAAUCGACUGCACCCUCAUUAGAAUCUACUUGUUAUUAAUUAUUUUUAGCUUUAUAUAACUGUAUGAAUAUUUUAUUUUAUUUUUUUGAAUUUCGUUGCUAAUCUAGUUAAACAUUGUGAAAUUAAUAAAACAAAAUUUAAAAUAUA